AGUGUCAGUUGCUUUAACUGGUAAUCCUAAGACGGAUGCCCCGGUUAUAUUUACGAUAUACCAACCACACGGGCUUUCUAAGAUUAUUUAGAAAUUAGAUAAAUAAUUGUUUUUUCGUUUGUUUGUAUGGUGCGUAAAGAUGAGUUUGCCGAAUAGCGGGGUGGAUAUGUCGACUAUAAUGUCGCAGCAUCCGGUUUUGGGAGCGAUUCCCCCGGCUCUGUUUUUCCGCACGUCUGAACGGUAUCAGAGGACUCCCAAGUGUGCUCGGUGUCGAAAUCACGGUGUUGUGUCGGCCCUUAAAGGACAUAAAAGAUACUGUCGAUGGAGGGACUGUAACUGUGCAAAAUGCACUUUGAUAGCGGAACGUCAAAGGGUGAUGGCGGCCCAAGUGGCCCUCAGAAGACAACAAGCCCAAGAAGAAAACGAGGCGAGAGAGUUAGGGAUAAUAUUCCCGACUCCGUCUACUACGUUGGGAGAGGCGCCCCCGAUGGCCCCCUUGACACCCCCGGAUACCGCAGCCCCUUUGGAGAUGGGCGCGGGCCCCACCACCACGUUCCAUCACCAUCAGAAGUCGUCGUUUGUACCGUCGGAUUCGUCGGAUCCUUCUAGUCCGACGUCCAAACGUGCGCGGAUCAACAUCGACGAAUCAGACUCGGACCAGGAGGAUGUGGUACCAGUGGCACCUCAGAAACUCACCACCUCUUGCCCCUCCCCCGAUCCGGUGACAAGUCCAGAGGUGGACCUCAAUGUGGAAGAAAACGACCCAAACACCCCCGAGAAUUUAUCGUUGAAGCCCAACCCUGCCAGUCCAGAACCAGUUAGCCAUCCUCACUCCGACUAUAUUCCUCCUCACCAUAGUCCAAGGUUCCCCCAACAUCCUCCUGUUACUCCCUCACCCCCCCAGAGGUCCCCGGUGAAUAUUUUAAUGAGGGUGUUUCCGGGAAAGAGACGAUCGGAUGUAGAGGCUAUUUUACAAAGGUGUAAAGGAGACAUUCUUCAGGCGAUGGAGAUGAUGGUGGGUGACGAGGAAGUGUCUUCUCCCUCGGCGUUCUCCCCUUUGGGUCCCCCGCACCCUUUUCACCGCUACUCACCAUCGAGGAGAUUCUUGGCGGCACCCUUUGCCGGUACCGGCUACUUGUCAUCGAUAAUUAGGCCUCCGCCCGAUUAUCUCAGCAUGAUGGGGCCACUGCACGACGUUUACAAUGAGAAAACCACCGCUUCCUCCCCAGGGUCUAAUACUAGCUCCGAUAAGACUUCGUAUUCGGAGUAGCGGUUUUAGGGGUGUCGUUUCGGUUUGGGGUGAAUGUGAUCAUUUAGUGUCAAGUGGAUUUUCUUUAUAAUUCAUUUUUUUUCACUGUUUAUGGGAUGAAAAAUCUGAUUUUAUCACUGCAUUAAUUAGAUAAUUUUAAAGAGAACCAUCUUAAUGGCUUUCAAAGCCUCGAAAUCAAGUUUUUUUUUCGCAAAAAUUCAUAUGACACUAAGCGCCUCUAUAAUUCCUUUAACAGUAAAAGGGUAAUUUCACAAUAAUCCGUAAA